GUCGGCCGUGGACCGUGGCUCUCGGAAGUGGGGAGUGCCCAAGCCAUGGCGAGGCUGGAGACAGGCUCGCUGCAAGAAAGGCUCUCAGCCCACUUCAUCCUCCUCCGCCACGGCCGUGCCAUGCGCGGCGACGAGGCCCAGGAGCUCUGGGGCGCGGUGCGCGACUCCGGCGUGAGGCGUUUGGGCGGCCGGGAGGUCUGUGAUUUCCUCCACGUCCUGGGCGCUUGCAGGACCUUCCAGGAGCACCGCGAGGUGGCGGAGGAGGUGGCGCGGAGUUUGCUCGCUGCCGAAGAGUUCGUAUUGGAGCUCAAACUGUGGCCUCAGACACUGCCAAUGGUUUGCCAAUACUUGGCAUGGCAUUUGGAGGAUCGCAGACUCCUCACCGAGUUUCUCUCGCAGGUCUUGGCGCCAUUUUGGGAGCAGUAUCCCUCUGCGGUGCAAGGAUCCUUGCUGCCACACCAUGCCAUGGCGGUGGCCAGCGCUUGUGCACGGAGCUAUCAAUUGCCUUUGCACAUCUUGGAGACGGUUCGAGACGCCAUUUGUCGUUGGGCCCAAACGAACCUGUCGUGCUUGGGCCCUCGGGGCUUGGCGUCCAUGGCCCUGGCGCUCUCGCGCCUGGGGCCGGGCCUGGGCGGCGAAGAGGCCAACGCACGGCUGUCGCGUGGCACGGGAGAAGCGGAGGGAGACCAGACGGUGUGGUGAAGGUUUCCGGGAAUGAAAGGAGGGCGGUGGAAACACGUGGA